UUUUCUACAGCAAAAAUAAAACUGGAGGAGGCCAUAUUGGGGACACUUCACAACACAAAGAUUAAAAUAUUCACGUUUUCAUAUUGACAUUUUCUAGUGUGUUAUCGGUUUAAAAAUGUAAAUACAGUAGCCGGUGAGCAGCGGAAGUUUUAUAGAUCGUUUUUGUGGUGACUCAGACUCUAGUGCCGCUUUUUUACGGCGGAUUUCUGAUCAGCGAACAACGCAGCAUUAUCGAGCGUGUUCGACAGCCAAAACACGGCUUCCUGCAAGCCUAAAACCCGAUCCACCAUGGUCUCAAGAGAUCUAUGCGGGAGCUAUUCAAGACAUCACGAGACCUAGGGCACUUCGAACUAAAAUCGAAGUAAAACAACUUUUAUGAGCCGUCAACCUGUGAAUCUAGCUGUUGUCAGCGUGCCAUAUUAAGCAACCAUGAUUUGGAGGCCAAUCAUAUUGUUUGUUGCAUUCAAUGCAAUUGCUUGCAAUGGGAUCAAAACGGAAGAGUGUGACUACUACAACAAAACUAUGUGUGAGAAGACUGGUGAGUGCACAGGCACCAUCAAGUGUGUAAACUCGUGGGGAGAUGAACGGAACCACUGCUUCGUUCUGUGGAGCAUCUCUGAAGUUGAUGGAUCCAACAAACUAGAGAUGAAGGGAUGUUUCAUUAAAAAUCACGACUGUUAUGACAAGUCCACAUGUGUGGCUAGAGGAAAAUCUGGAGACAAGGAUCUGUAUUUCUGCUGCUGCGAGGGUGACUUGUGUAAUAAGGAGUUCAUCUACACUCCUAGACCAACCAAUGAACCAACAGUCUUAGCACCCCACGAUGCUGCCUUGGAGAACCCUUCUUCGCAGAUCAUAUUCUCGGUGGGACUGGGUGUAGUGAUUGUUGCUCUAAUUGUCUUGGGAGUUUUUGCAACUUACCGAUGUCGAAAGAUGAGGUCUUUCAACCAGCAGCUCAUUGAGAAUGAUAUUCAGUUGCCAACACAUGACCCGAACCCCAUACCUCCAUCUCCAGCCGCUGGUCUCCGACCGAUUCAGUUGCUGGAAAUCAAAGCAAGAGGACGCUUUGGAGCUGUCUGGAAGGCCCAAUAUAAGAGUGACGCAAUUGUUGCUGUGAAGAUUUUCCCCAUCCAGGACAAACAAAGCUGGAUCACCGAGCAGGAAAUUUUCCAGCUGCCACAUAUGCAGCAUGACAACAUCCUGAGCUUCAUUGCAGCUGAAAAGCGGGGCGAAGGUCUGCAGGCCGAAUUCUGGCUUAUCACUGCUUACCACGAGCGAGGCUCGCUUUGCGAAUUUCUCAAAGCUAAUGUGGUGACAUGGCCAGAGUUGUGCCGCAUAGCCCAGAGCAUGGCUAGGGGCCUGAUGCACCUGCACGAGGAGAUGGCUGCCAACAGUCAGCAGGGUCGCAAACCUGCAGUUGCCCACCGUGACUUCAAGUCAAAGAAUGUGUUGCUAAAGAGGGAUUUGACGGCAUGCGUUGCUGAUUUUGGACUUGCUCUGAUCUUCCACCCUGGAAAACCCUGCGGCGAUACCCACGGCCAGGUUGGCACCAGGCGAUACAUGGCUCCCGAGGUGCUGGAGGGCGCCAUCAAUUUUUCACGGGACGCGUUUUUGCGCAUUGACAUGUACGCUUGUGGCCUCGUCCUAUGGGAACUUGUGUCUAGGUGCACUGCCCAAGAUGGACCGAUACCAGAGCACAUGCUGCCGUUCGAGGAAGAAGUCGGUCAACACCCAUCACUUGAAGAUAUGCAAGACGCUGUUGUGCACAAGAAGAAGAGGCCAGCCAUCAGGGACACUUGGAAGCAACACCCGGGCCUGGUUGCAUUGAGUGAAACGAUGGAGGAAUGCUGGGAUCAUGAUGCAGAAGCCAGGCUUUCUGCUUCAUGUGUCAUGGAAAGGGUAGCUCAGCAGGCACCGCUGCUGCCACUGGGCAACAACAACUCUUGCUCGCUAGGAGGAAACCACAUCCAGUCUCAACAGACCACCACUCUAAUAGACUGCAAGGAAUCUUCCAUGUAGUGAGGUGAUGGGAGGUCCAUGGAGCUGCCAUAUUUGAAAGACGAUUUCAUGUAAAGUUCCGGCCCAACACAGGGUUUACUCUAUUACUUUUAUGUUGAUUGUAUUUGCAGGUAACAACAGUGACUCGGUUGCUUAGCUUUUUUUAAGUUUUUAUUUUUGUAUCCUCAGGUUUGUCCUUUAAUGUGAAAUUUUUGUUUGUUUUCAUUUCUCAUGAUGAAAAGACAGACUUAGUUACUUACACUUAAUUAUGCACAAGAUGUUGACUCUGUCCUUUAUAUUUUUGUGUCUAGUGAACCACUGAGAAAAUAAUCAAUUGGGCUGCAUGAUUGCAUACAGAUUUCAAGUGUACCUAAGUAACUGUUAAGUAGUGUCAUUUUCAUUAGACGUCCUCAACAUUGAUUGAUUUAACCUCCGAUCCAAUCUGACAUCAUGCUUUACUAUGUAAAAAUGAAUGUAAUCUGACAAGUAUGAUUUGAGAUUGGAGUCAUGUUAUUUUAAAAUUUUAUCAUUACUUUUUCACUGCCGCUAAUUCACACUCUAUAGUGUGAAUGUCCUGCUCCAGAUUCGCUACCACAUUUUGGAAUAUAUCAUUUUAAAACUGAUUUUCUCCUCUUAAAUUUACGUUUCUUUUUUCCGAUCUCUUUAGAAAUCUGCCUCUCAAGAGAAAGGACAUUUAAUGUUUCACUGAUAGAAUUUUCAUCAAAAUCUAUGGUGCUGGGUCUUGAACCUUUUUGUAAUUGAUUCACUUCAUUGUUAAGUGGAAACAAAUUUGCAGCUCCUGCAGCCUUCCCAUUUAAAAGGAAUGCUUUUUUGGAAAAAUACAUAAAACUAUUUUCGAACGGAAACUAAAAAAGAGAUUACCAAUCCAAUUUUGCAAAAUGAAUAAUAACAGAUUUGAUGUUCCUACCGACCCCCCUUUUUAAAUACCUCACCUUAUCAAAUGGUUUUUGGAAUUGAGACUUUGCCAGAAAGUACCUCCAGUUUUAAUCAUACCAUUAAAAUCUAGUGUAUGCAAGAGCAAAAUUGUACACAAGCAACACACACUCGUUUACUAAAAAUUACAUGUACACAGAUUAUGAAAAUGAAAAAAGCAGACAAAGCAAAGUCCCAAAUCCACCGCAAUUAUUAAAAAUUAAAUAAUUAAUAUAUUUCAUUCCGCCAUACAGACUGCCUCAUGUAUAUUUAUUAAUGAUACUACCGUCUUUUUAAUUUUUGACUUUUGAAUUUGACAAAAGCACAUUCACGCAUACACACACAAACUUUAAGAAUUGAGCUGCUAUAUUACAACAUAAUAAUACUAUACAUGUGUUGGUUGACUCGGAGUAAUGCCUAUUGAUUAAUUGGCUGCUGCUUAUGUAAAUAUUUUACCUCGUAGAGAUUCGCUAAGUGUCAUGCAAUAUGUAUGUACUCAUCUGAAGCACUAAGGAAACACAGCUUUUAAAAACAAAGCGCGCCGACGCUGACCAAGGGCUGAAAGUUGCUUAUGGGGUGCCAAAAAGUUGUUUUUGCAGCUGUCGAGCACAUUUUCGGUCCUUGCCAGCGCGCGUCGAGAAUCACAGAAGCAACAAACGACAGAAUGCUAAAAAAAGAAAGUCCCUCUCCCGAUUUUGGCUUAAUAACAUUGCUCAAUGGCUGUAAUUUUUACAAAGAAAUUUUUGUAUCAAACAACUCAGCAAAAACUGAAAUUUUAUAACAGUGUACCUUGAAUUACUGAAUAUUGUAAUAUAAUAUUAUUUGGGCGCCAGCUGUUAAGAAUGACCUGAAUUUUUAUGUAAUUCCAACUUAACUACCUGUCUAUACACCGAGAGUACUUAUUUUUAGUGUACAGUUUUUACAGUUCAACGCACUACCUUUUAUUAUCAGUUGUGAGCACCGGUUUUAGCACAUUUGAGUCAAAAUUGGAAUUAGAGGCACAACUCGUAGCAGGCAGCUCAAAUUCAAUUUAAGGCAGCUGUUGAAUUGUUCACGAACAACCAUCCACCUGAAGUAAUUUAAUUUAACUGACCUGCGUUUGUUUUGCACCACCCCUAUCUAAGGUGACAAAGGCUCAUUAGCCUGACAAACAUUCUAUAGCCAGUAAAAGCUCAUAUGAUUUUUUCCUUUUCAUUUCGCACACGAUGCACCGGUUGAGUUUUUUUCCCAAUCAAACGCAGGAUUUGGUAUCACCUGGAGAAGCCAUCUGACAAAAAAAAAAUACUUUUAUGAUUUGCAUGUAUAGUUUUUAAACAAAUAACGCUACUGCUCGGUCAAUUGGUCAUCAAGUAAAAUAAAUAACUAUUGUAUAAUAUAUGUGAAAAUGGAAGCUUUAAAUGCGUAUAGUGCAAAAUUUUAAUGUGUUUCGUUGUGUUGUCCUUGCCGAUGCAUAAUUGGCCAUUCUCCAUUGAUAACUAUGUAGACUGCAAUUAUAUAGCGCAUCCGGUGAUACCAAACCUCAUUAACAGAACAACUGUGUUUCCUUGAGAUCUUGAAAAAAAAACAUAAACGAGAAACAUUGUCAAUCUGAUUGUGAGUGUUUUCAAUGAUAUCCAGACAUCCAGUAAUAUUGAUUUGAUGGCACUUUUUUUGAAAUCAUUUUGGAAAAAAAUGCAAAUGAAGACUGCAUUUUGUACCCCAUUAUAAGAUGUGGCCCUCUUUUUGCUAAACUUGAGGAUUACAAUUGUUGAUGAUAAAAGAAAACGUAACGAAGCUACAAUGUAUUCAGAAGUUCUUGACGCAUAGACUUGAGUAGGAGAAUUAACAUGAUAUAAAAAUACAUCUCUUGUUAGAGGCCGAGCUUUUUCAAAAGUCACUUGUAAAAAAAACAUGCAAAUUGCAAUUGGCCAACUUAGCUCUAUCUGAUCUCAAAAUUAUAUGAAAAGUUUUGCAAGAUUAAUUUUGUAAAUUAUUGUUAAACAAACGUAAUUAUAACAACAUCUCGUGCUCCAAUCAUUCACAUCGUCACAAAAUUUUGAAAAAGCUCCACAGAAAAGUGCUUUAAAUUAGCCACAAUCUCAUACAGAAAAUAUGAAGAAACACACAAUUACAUUACAAAAGGAAAAAGAAAAGUGUAACGUUUAAAAAUGCAUGCGUAAUGUGAACAUUGUUAAGUGUAAAUAAUACCGGUAAAAAAAAAAUUACAAGCUGAUUACUACCCAAGGUACAAGAAAAGUGCGCCAUUGAUUGCUUGCGAAAAGGAAGAAGUGUUUUAAGUUGAAGGAAACUCACUUUUCCUGCGGCGCCGCGCUCUAACAUAAUAAUGUAACAUUAAAAAUUUAUAGAGUUUCAUUGUUUUUUGUAAUGACAAAGCUGUUGGCCGGAAACCAAUGAGCCAAUACGAAUUUGUACCUUGUCUGAAAUGGGAUUCCAUCACCUCUGUACACAAAAGAAACAAAUUUUUUAAACAUGACGAGGCAGCUAAACCCAUCGCAAAUAGCCCGAUUUGUAUGAUGCAUAACAAUUGUAGUGAUCAGCACUUUUUCAAAAAUGCUUUUUUAAGAAACGAAAAAAAUGUAACAAAGAAACUUUAAACUAAUUUAAAAUUAUCUUCAUGUAACAGUAAAAAGUCGGAAAUACUAGUUUUGCCUACACAAUUUCUAGUGUGAAUGUGGAUAUUGCUAGUGUUGAUUUGGAAUUGAAAGAAUCCGACUUAUUUUAUAUUUCCUUGUUUGUUGAUCACACAGUUGUGAAUACAAUUUUUUAACAAACAAACUUGCCCUAUAGUUGAAAAGCAAUUUUGAGAAGAAGAAAAAAUGCCUUUUAUGUUUGAUAUUAACCGUUGUUACGGAAUUAAAGAAGUAAAAAUUUAAAAUCUACGCGUCGUAGAAAAAGCGCUAAAUAAUAAUAUAUAUUUUUAUCUCGUUUUUAUUUUAUAUCAAAAUAUUACGACGCGAAUUAUUUUUACUUCGAUAUUUUAAUAAUGUACCAAAAGUUAGGAAAUUUGUCAAAAAAGUCGGCUGGCCCCUCGGAUCGAUUAUUAUCUAAAAGCUCUGCUAGAAUAUCGACUAUUCUGCUUGCCAGACACACAUUUUGCUAUUCCGUUUGGUCCCAUUUGAAAAACCAGUGUUUUUAAAAAAAAGACCAGAUUCCGAGCGAACGGUCUUGAAUACUGUUUUCCAAUUUAUCCUCAGAGAUUUUAAUGCAUUUUUGUCUGCGCGAUGCUAAGUUGAAGUUAUCAAAAGUUUAUCAACCCGUCAUGAUCCCCGCAAAAUUAUAAUAGUAGUUGUGAUUUAUAUAAUAUUAAAACUUUGAAUCUUAAACAAAAACAAGCUAUUUAAUUGAAACGGGAUCUGUUUUAGUGAUUUGCAGCUUUGUUGUUGAUGUACAUUUUUAUUUAAAGAGCUCUUAUAUAUUGACUAAAAUUAGAUGAUCCGCAACGUUUAACUAAUUCAAUGAUGUGUAUUCUGGGAAACAUUGUUAAAUAUGCGCGUUUUAAUUUACCUUCCUGUAAACUAAUUAACAUAAAUAAUAUAAAAUUA